GCGUGCGUUUCGGUGGGGAGGGGGGAAGGGAGUGGGUUUAGAAACCGCGCGCGUUGGUGGGUCGGUGGAGUGCCCGGGCCACCUGAGGCACGUGGCUUUCUUGAGGUUCAGGCAGCUGAGUGUGCUGUCUGCGGUCCGCCCCCUCGGGCAGAGGAAAACAGAGGAGAGGUUCUUUGGGGGACAGAGCUGGAGUUCGUAAAGAGGAAGGGAGCAACCGGGGGCUUUAAAGCUCCUGACGGCAGGCCUGCGGCCGGGAAUCGUGGAGCAACUGAGAGGGGAGGGUCCCGGCAGCCAGAGUGCGCCCCCUAGGAUCAGGGCUGGUGCCGAGGAGGGAGGGCCUGAGCCACCCGCGGGAUGUUCGGGGCCCGGCGCCUGCUCCGAGUCCUGCGCUCCUGUUCCUGUUCCUCUGCCCCCUGCCCGAGACCCAAGCCUGCAGCCAAACUGAGCGUGCGGGAAGCUCUCAGGGCCCAGAACUCGAAUGGGGAGCGCGUUAAGGUUCAGGGAUGGAUUCGUUCAGUCCGAUCCCAGAAGGAAGUCUUGUUCCUGCAUGUAAAUGAUGGGUCCUCUUUGGAAAGCCUUCAGGUUGUAGCAGAUUCAAACUUUGACAGUAGAGAACUGGCUUUUGGGAGCUCCGUGGAAGUUUAUGGAAAGUUGGUAAAAAGUCCAGCCAAAAGACAAAAUGUGGAGCUGAAAGCAGAAAAGAUUGAAGUUGUUGGCAAUUGUGACCUCAAGGAUUUCCCUUUUAAAUAUAAAGAGAGGCCUCCUCUGGAGUAUCUAAGACAAUUUCCUCACCUUAGGUGUAGGACUAAUGCCUUGGGUUCUAUACUGAGGGUUCGCAGUGAAGCCACAGCUGCUAUUCAUUCUUUCUUUAAGGACAGUGGCUUUGUGCAUAUUCAUACUCCAAUAAUCACAUCCAAUGACUGUGAGGGCGCUGGAGAACUUUUCCAAGUUGAACCUUCAAGCAAAAUAAAGGUACCUGAAGAGAAUUUCUUCGAUGUUCCUGCUUUCUUAACUGUCUCAGGACAACUUCACCUAGAAGUGAUGUCAGGAGCUUUUACUCAAGUGUUUACCUUUGGCCCAACAUUCCGAGCAGAGAAUUCUCAGAGCCGGAGACACCUGGCCGAGUUCUAUAUGGUAGAAGCAGAGAUUUCUUUCAUUGAGAGCCUUCAAGAUCUUAUGCAGGUUAUGGAGGGGCUCUUCAAGUCUGCAACAAUGAUGGUUCUCUCAAAUUGUCCUGAAGAUGUUGAGCUCUGUCACAAAUUCAUGGCUCCUGGCCAAAAGGACAGAUUAGAACAUAUGCUGAAAAAUAACUUUUUAAUCAUUUCUUACACCGAAGCAGUGGAGAUCUUAAAGCAGGCGUCCCAGAACUUCACCUUCACCCCAGAGUGGGGUGUCGAUCUACACACUGAACAUGAAAAGUACCUGGUGAAGCACUGUGGCAACGUACCAGUCUUUGUCAUUAAUUAUCCAUUAGCACUCAAGCCGUUCUACAUGAGGGAUAAUGAAGAUGGGCCUCAGCACACAGUUGCAGCUGUUGAUCUUCUGGUUCCUGGAGUUGGAGAGCUCUUUGGAGGAAGCCUCAGAGAGGAACGGUACCAUUUCUUAGAGCAGCGACUGGCCAGCUCAGGACUGACGGAAGCCUACCAAUGGUAUCUGGACCUCCGUCGAUUUGGAUCUGUGCCACAUGGAGGUUUUGGGAUGGGAUUUGAACGCUAUCUGCAGUGCAUCUUGGGAAUUGACAAUAUCAAAGACGUCAUCCCUUUUCCAAGAUUUACUCAUUCAUGUCUUUUAUAAAUGGAAGACUGGUUGAGGGAAACUGCCCAAGCCACAGGUACUAUACUUGAAUGUGCAUAUAGCAGAAUGCAGUUUGGAUUUUAGAAAUACAGAAGUUUUCAAAAUGUACUUGUCAUACCAUAGCAUAUAACAUAUAAAGAAUAAAAGUGAUCAUGAUUUUCUUAUAAAGUACAGGGCAUUUCAUGGAAAGAUGAAUUCUCUCAAGAAGACAUACUUAUAGCAGGUAGAAUCUCAAAUCCAUUAUAUCAGUUAAUAAGAAAUGAAGGUAUUGAACAAGAUGGUUUCAAAGUUCCUUUCAGACUUUAAGAGAGGAUGAGAUUGUGUAUUUUACUUUGUCUUUAAUGAUUAGAUCACUACCUUGUGCGACCUUUGAGAAACAUUUAGUAGCUAAAAAUAAAAUGUUGGAUCUUUUCUAGCUUGCCAUUUAACCUAUGACAAAUGCCCAUCUUAUUCUCUGUAACAUUAUUCUCCAUUUAAUGCUACUAAACAUUAUAGAAGAAAAUAUUCCUUCUUUGGGUCUUGAGUUAAUAAAUUUGCUAUUCUAAGUUGAAGUCUUCUUUCAUCAGAUUGGAUGAAAAAAUCACACAUUUAAUAACUGUUGAUCCUCAAUAAAAUGGGUAUGGAAGGAAAGUACCUCAACAUAAUAAAGGCCAGAUACGACAAACCCUGAGCUAAUAUAUACUUAGCAAUUGAAAACUGAAAGCUUUUCCUCUAAUGAACCACUGUUAUUCAACACAGUACUGGAAGUCCUAGCCACAGCAGUCAAAAGGAAAGACAUAAGUAUUCAAAUAACAAAUGAAGAAGUAAAACUAUCACUGUUUGCAGAUGACAUGGCUCUAUAUAUCAAAAACCCUAAAGACUCCACCAAAAGAGUCUUCUAAAUGACAAAUACUGUAAAGUUGCAGGAUACGAAAUCAAUGUACAAAAAUCCAUUCCUUUCCUGUAUGAGGUCUGUCCAGAAAAAGUCCAGCCAUUGUUAAUGUAAGGAGAACGGUUAGCACAACAUCAAUGUAACCUGGCAGCCAAGGAGAGUGGACUGGAAUGCACAUGUGUAAACAAUAACAACUUCACUGUACUAGUCAGUGGGAGCAGUAGACCCCAUUGUGUGAGCACUGUGCACUCACUGUGCACUGUGAGUGGCUAUCACGUUCAAAAUGAGUGAGUAGAGCAACGAAUCUGCACCAAAUUUUGCAUGAAGCUUGAACAUUUCUCCAUGGAAACUAUUCAGAUGAUUCAGAAGGCUGCAGCUGUAGGCAACUGGUGACUGGCACCUUCAUGCAUCACGUCUAAUGCAGAGUUUUUUGGCAAAACAUCAAACCACCCAGGUGACACACCUCCCCUACAGCCAAGAUUUGGAACCCUGCAAUAUCUGGCUUUUCCCCAAACUAAAAUCACCUUUGAAAGGGAAGAGAUUUCAGACCAUUGAUGAGGUUCAGGAAAAUACAAUGGAGCAGCUGGUGGCAAUUGGAGAACUGUGUGAGGUCCCAAGGUGCCUACUUUGAAGGAGUCUGAGGUGUUAUUGUCCUGUGUACAAUGUUUCUUAUAACUUCUUCAAUAAAUGUCUGUAGUUUUCAUAUUACAUGGCUGGAUACUUUUUGCACAGACCUCAUAUACUAACAAUGAAAUAUCAGAAAAAGAAAUAAAGAAGACAAUCCCAUUUAUGAUUGCAACAAAGAGGAUAAAAAAUACCUAGCAGUAAACUUAACAAAGUGAAGGACUUAUAUACUGAAAACUACAAGACGUUGUUGAAAGAAAUUGAAGAAGACACAAAGAAGCGGAAAGUGUGUUCAUGAAUUGGAAGAAUUAACAUAGUUAAAAUGGCCAUAUUACCUAAAGCAAUAUACACAUUUAAUGGAAUCCCUGUAAAAAUCCCGAUGGUGUUUUUCAAAGAAAUAAAGAUUUCUCAAAUUUAUGUGGACCACUUCAAAGUCCCCCAAGUAGUCAAAGCAAUCCUGAAAAAAAUGAGAAAAGCCAGAGGUAUCACACCCCUGAUUUUAAGUUAUAGUACAAAGUUAAAAUGUUCAAAAUAAUAUGGUAUUGGCAGAAAAAUAGACAUACAGACCAAUGGAACAGAAUUGAGAGCCCAGAAAUAAACCCACACAUAUGUGGGCAAUUUUCAACAGAGGGUCUAAAAACACAGUAGAGAAAGGCAUGCCUCUCCAACAAGUGGUGCUGGGAAAAUCGGAAAGCCACAUGCAUAAGGAUGAAAUGACACUGCUGUCUGACACUACACAAAAAUUAAUCCAAAAUGGAUUAAAGACUUGAAUAUAAGAUCUAAAACAAUAAAAUACAAAGAAAACAUAGGUGCUAAACUUACGGACCUUGGUCUCAGAGGGAUUUUUGUGAACUUGACUCCAAAGGCGAGGGAAGUAAAAGCAAAAAUAUAUGAAUGGGCCUACAUCAAACUAAAAAGUUUCUGCAUAGCAAAAGGAACCAUCAACAAAACAAAAAAGCAGCCAACCCAAUGGGAGAAUAUAGGUGCAAAUGCUAUCUCUGAUAAGGGACUAAUAUCCAAAAUGUAUUUUAAAAAAACUUAUA